AGCUUAUAAAAAUGGGACGUCGUUCAUCAGAUACUGAAGAAGAGAGUAGAAGUAAGAGGCAAAAAAAACAUCGAAGACGGUCCUCUUCAAGUAGUUCUUCGGGGAGCAGAACCUUCAUCCGCAAGAAAACAGGAAGGAAAUCAAGGUCCAAGUCGAGAUCUUGGUCUAGAGAUCAGCAGCCAGGCUCACGUUCUUAUGAUAGAAGACGCAGGCACCGUUCCAGUAGUAGCUCCAGUAGCUCUUCUUCUGGAUCUAGAAGAAAACAAAGUCGGAGUAGAUGCAGGGGCCAAGGAAAAUCCUAUAGAUCUCAGAGAUCAAGGUCAAAAAGUAGAACAAGAAGGUCAAGGCCUCGUCCUCGUUCCCAUAGUCGAAGUAGUGAAAGAUCUAGCCAUAGAAGAAUUCAUAGCCAAUCUCGUGAAAGAGACCAUCGUAAAGGCCGAGAGAAAGAGAAGAGAGAGAAGGAGAGAGAGAGAGGGAAGGAGAAGGAAUUACAUAGCACCAAGCGCCUGGAUUCUGGAAACAUCAAAGCUGAAUUAGAACAUCUGCCAGCUGCCGAACAAGCCAAAGCUAGGCUGCAGCUGGUCCUUGAAGCUGCUGCUAAAGCCGAGGAUGCCCUGAAAGCUAAAGAGCGAAGUGAAGAAGCAGCAAAAAGAAGAAAGGUAGAAGACCAAGCCUCCUUAGGAGAGCAAGUUAAACGAGUCAAAGAAAUUGAAACCAUUGAAAGUGACUGCUUUUUUCAACAGACAUUCAGAUCAAGUAAAAAGGUCAGGAAGCCCACUGACCCUGUCGAAGGAAAGCAGGAGCCUACAACAUCAGGAACAGUAACUGCGAAUCCACCACACACUGAAAAAGGAGUAGACCCCAGCAGCAUCCCUACUGCUAUCAAGUACCAAGACAAUAAUUCUCUAGCACAUCCUAAUCUAUUUAUUGAGAAGGCUGAAGCUGAGGAGAGGUGGUUCAAGAGAUUAAUUGCUCUCCGCCAAGAACGCCUGAUGGGCAGUCCUGUCGCCUGA